CACCGAGACUCCAAAUCUAAAGAAACCCACCAGCUCGCCGUGACUCGCAUGAUCUCGCUCAUCUUUAUUCCCCCACCUCCGCGUCCAUGGAAACUGGCGCGGUCACACGAUCUCGCCAUCCACCACAAAUGCUUCAAGGUUCUGCAAGGCCACAUGUAUACAGCCCAUUGCUUAACUAGUGGUACUAGCUGAGCUGACUGAUGGUGCUGCCACCUUUGCAUGCCUUCCCUCGCCGGUGACGUCCGGGGAAGUCGACCGCUGAGCCGACAACCGACGGGCCGACACGCGCGAGCAGCCACGGAGAAGCCGGUGGCCGUGCUUGCCGGUCAUGGCGUACCCGUAUGUCUUCCACGCGCAGGCGCCACCGGCCAGAGCGGAGGAGUACAAGUCCAAGGGCGCAAUGCCGCAGCCACAGGUCAGGCCCCAGUGGCCUGCCGGCAGCGGCAGCGGUGCCGGGCGUGGGCGUGGCGGCGGCGGAGCCGGGUGGAUGGGUCUUGGCUCCCGGGAGAGGCCGCUCGCGAGUGCUUAUGAUCUCGUGGAGCAGAUGCAUUACCUGUACGUGCGCGUCGUCAAGGCGCGCGGGAUCCCCGUGGGCGCGGUCACCGGCGGCUGCAGCCCCUACGUCGAGGUGCGCCUCGGCAACUACCGCGGCACGACGCCGCACCAGGAGAGGAAGUCGAAUCCAGAGUGGAACCAGGUGUUCGCCUUCUCCAGGGAGCGCGUCCAGGCCACGGCCCUCGAGGUGUUCGUCAGGGACAGGGACGCCGUGGCGCGCGACGACUACGUCGGCAGGAUCGCGUUCGACAUCAGCGAGGUGCCGCUGCGCGUGCCGCCCGACAGCCCGCUCGCGCCGCAGUGGUACCGCCUCGAGAGCGUGCGCCACGGCGGCAAGAUGCUGCUGCCGACCGAGGUCAUGCUCGCGGUGUGGGUCGGCACGCAGGCCGACGAGGCGUUCGGGGACGCAUGGCACGCCGACGCGGCGUCGGUGCGCGGUGGCGCUGAUGGUGCGGCCGCGGUGCAGAGCACGCGGUCCAAGGUGUACGUGACGCCGAAGCUGUGGUACCUCCGGAUAAACGUGCUGGAGGCACAGGACGUCGUGACGGGCGGCUUCGUCGGCGACAAGGUCCGGCAGCAGCACGUCGAGGUCUUCGCCAAGGUGCAAGUCGGCGGCAUGAUGCUCCGGACCAAGCCGUGCGCCAUGAGGAAUCCGACAAGCCUGGCGUGGAACGAGGAGCUGGUCUUCGUUGUGGCGGAGCCGUUCGAGGAUCCGGCGGUGCUCAUCGUCGAGGCCCGGGCGCACCCCGGCAAGGACGAGAUCGUCGGGCGUGCCGUGCUGCCGCUCACCAUCUUCGAGAAGCGCCUCGACCGCGUGGCGAUCCACUCGCAGUGGUUCAGCCUGGAGCCGUUCGGGCAUCCGUUGCGCCGGCCGGAAGCCACUUUCGCCGGCCGCGUCCACCUCCGGGCGUGCCUCGAGGGCGCGUACCACGUCAUGGACGAGCCGACCAUGUACGUCAGCGACACGCGCCCGACGGCGCGGCAGCUGUGGCGGCCGCCCGUCGGCGUGCUCGAGGUCGGCGUCCUCGGCGCGCAGGGGCUCACUCCCAUGAAGACCGCCGACGGGCGGGGCACCACCGACGCCUACUGCGUGGCCAAGUACGGGCAGAAGUGGGUGCGCACGCGCACCGUCGUCGACUCGUGCAGCCCCCGGUGGAACGAGCAGUACACGUGGGAGGUCUACGACCCCUGCACGGUGCUCACGCUCGCCAUGUUCGACAACUGCCACCUCGGCAAAGCCAAUGCCGCCGCCGGCAACGCCGUCCUCAGAGACCAGGUGAUGGGCAAGGUGAGGAUACGCCUCUCCACGCUGGAGAUGGACAAGGUGUACACCAACGCGCACCCGCUCGUCGUGCUGCACCCGUCCGGCGUGCGCAAGAACGGCGAGCUCUGCCUCGCCGUGCGCCUCACCUCCGUCUCUCUCGCCAGCGUCGUGUGCCUGUACGGGAAGCCCCUCCUCCCCAAGAUGCACUACGUCCAGCCGUUCGCCAUCCCGCAGCUCGACGCGCUCCGGCGCCAGGCGAUGAGCAUCGUGGCGGCGCGGCUGAGCCGGGCCGAGCCGCCGCUGCGGCGGGAGGUCGUGGAGUACAUGCUGGACGCGGGCUCGCACCUGUGGAGCAUGCGGCGGAGCAAGGCCAACUUCCUCCGGGUCACGGCGCUGCUGUCCGGCGCGGCCAGCAUGGCGCGGUGGCUCGUGGACGUGUGCCACUGGAGGAACCCGGUCACCACCGUGCUGGUGCACUUGCUCUUCGUCACGCUCAUGUGCUUCCCAGAGCUCAUCCUCCCGACCGUGUUCCUGUACAUGGCCAUGACCGGCCUCUGGAACUACCGGCGCCGGCCCCGCCGGCCGUCGAGCAUGGACGCGAGGCUCUCCUGCGCGGAGGCGACCCACCCUGACGAGAUCGACGAGGAGCUGGACACGUUCCCGACGUCGAAGCCGAACGACGUGGUGCGGCUGCGGUACGACCGGCUGCGGAGCGUGGCCGGGCGGAUCCAGACGGUGGUCGGCGACGUGGCGACGCAGGGGGAGAGGGUGCGGUCGCUGCUGGCGUGGAGGGACCCGAGGGCGACGGCGCUGUUCACGGCGCUCUGCCUCGUCGCCGCCGUGACGCUGUACGUCACGCCGCUCCGGGGCGUGGCGCUCGUCGCCGGGCUGUACGCGCUCCGCCACCCGCGGUUCCGGAGCCGGACGCCGUCGGCCGCCGGCAACUUCUUCAAGAGGCUGCCCUCCAGGGCCGACACCAUGCUGUAGCAUGUACCUAGUGAUUUGUUCAUGUUUUUUGCUCGAUUCUUCAGUUCGCUGCCGUGAUGUGUAAGUGUCAGUGACGGAGUGACGGCCACAUCCUGGCAAGCCACUCUCACCAGCAUGAUCAAAAUAUUGCAAUCCACCGCUAAAUGUCGGUGAACUUCGAAGUGAAAUGCCUCCCAACGGGACUGAUAUUUUUCACA